AUGUUCUUUAUAUUUCCUUUGAUAUAAAUAUGCAUCUCUAGCUUCACAUAUAUUAACGAUUAAACUCGUUAUUCAGCUAUUAUAGAUUGGAACGACCCAACUUAAGGGUAAGGAUUGGUAUCAAAAUUAUGUCCUUUAGGAGCAAAAUAUUAUAUGUAUGAAACUUUAAAUACUGACAUAUACUAUUUUCUUUCAGUUGGGCUAUUAUUAAAUGAAGAUUUGUUUUAUCUACAUUAUUUAGUGUUAUCUAAUUCUGAAUAAAAAAUCAUUCACUAUGUUUAUUAUAAAUAGGAUAAUGUAUGGUUAUCUAACUAAUUUAAUUUUAAUUUGUAAGACUAUGAAGGAUUAUGGAUUUAAGAGUAUGUUUAUUAUGAUAUUGUUCAAAAUUAGUUAAAAGUUGAUAUGAAAUGGGGUAAUUAGGAACAGGUCAGAUGUUCUUAUGAUUAUUAAAAUUUCAUGUAUUAAACAUUUAACUUUAUUAUUGGAGGUUCUUAUGAUGUAAUAAUAUUUAUGUUUAUUUAGGUUGAAGAUCCAAUUACAUAGAAGAUGUUAAAUUUAAAAACAUUUCCUGGUUAACUUCGAGCAGCAACAAGUGUUUAUAAACAAGAUAUGGACAAUGGCUGGGAAAUUUUCACUGAGUCCUUGUGUUCUUAAACUACGAGAUUAUUAUUAGGAAAAUUAGAUUUUAGCUUAUUUAAUCAACAUCAAAUAUAUAUGAUAGAAAAUUAGAAUUUAAAAUAUUAUAAAGUAACAUUUUGGGCUUAGAUUCCAAAAUAAUAUGAUUCAGACUCUGAUCAUAGAAUUCACAUAUUUAGAAUAGCAGCAAAUCGAUUUACUACUGAUUUUUUAGCUACAGGAUCAAAUUCUUUUGUUUUAUAAUAUGUAUUUAAUUAGGAAAAUAAAUAAUGGAUGAUGAUUAUUAAAUAUUAUUCAUACAUAAUGCCAAUCAUAACAUAAUUUACAUAAAAUAAUGAUCCAUUUGAAAAUAUAGAUACUAUUUUAAUUGAAGAUUAUUCUUUAUUAAGCUCAUGGCAUUUUAUUGAGGUUGAAUAUAAUCCUAAUACUUUAAAUUUUAAUUAUUUUAAUAAAAAGUAAAGCGAAUAAAUAAUAAGAACUUAUUCAAAUGUAAAUUAGUUUUCAAAUAUAUAUUAUCGUCUUUUUUUUGGUGGUUCAAGAGAGGAUUUUAGUUCUUUAGAAAGAUCAUUUGGAUUAAUUUCAUAUUAUGAUUGUAAUAAUUAGAAUAUUUAAUGUCACUAUUCUUGCUAAACAUGUGAAGGUCCUUUAUCAAAUGAAUGUUUAAGUUGUCCUGAAUCUUCUAAUAGAAUUUAUAAUGAAAUUGAAUAAACUUGUAGGUGUAAAGUUUGGUAUUCUGAAACAUCAGAUUUUAAUUGCGAAUUCGUUACUUAAAAUGAAGUGAUUGUUGAUCUUGUAAAUGAAUAGGAUGAUGAAGAUAAUGAAUUCUGUAAAUUUGGAGAAUUUAGUUUUAAUUAAAUUUGUUUUUAAUGGUAUAUGAUAAUUUAAUUUAGUCCUUCAGCUAGAUAAAUUAAUUAAGUCAUUUGUGUAGAAUGUUUAAUGAGACCAAUUGAUUGGGUAAUAAAAAGUGCUAGUUGUAAAGACACCUAUUAUUAAUUUGAAAAUUAUAAUUCUAAUAGCUUUCUUAAAGUGAAAAACAAUCCUGAAAUAACAAAUAUAUAAUUUAUAUUUGAAAAUGAAUAACUAUUGCCAUGUCAUGGUUGUAUCUUAUGCGAUUAAAUUACUGAUUAAAAUUGUUAAAUCUCAAAAUAUUAACAUUUAAAUAGAGUAACCUAUAUUAAAUGUUAAAUUGGUUAUUUAUUCUCUAAUGGAAAAUGUAUUAAGAUUAAAUCACUUGAAACUAAAAAGACUUACUGCUAAAUUAAUUGCUAACUAUGUGAAAAUGAUAUUUGCUUAUUGUGUUCUAGUUUAACAGAAUAUUUUAUAAACUAUAUGGGAUAAUGCUAAUAAUGUUCAAUUAUACAUUGCAAAUACUGUUUUUAAUAUAAUUAAUUCAAUUUUAAAGAAAAUUCAAUAUUAUAAAAUGAAUAAAACACAAAUUAAAUAAAUGAUGAUUACUUAGUUGGAUGUGCUUAGUGCCAAUAAGGUUAUUCCUUUUCAUUUAAACAGAAUUUAUGUAUAAAAAAUAAUGUUGAUAAUUAAUGUUCAAAUUUUAUCGAUAAUGAAGGUAAUACCAUCUGUUAUGCUACUAAAUUCGAAUUAUUAUAGAGUAAAUUUUAAUAAAUAAAUGAUUGUUAAGAUAUAAUCCCUAAUUGUGAAUAAUGUAUUUAUAGUCAAUUUGAUCUGAUGGUAUGUAUUUAAUGUUAGGAUGGAUAUUUUAAUAGCAAACUUAAUGGUUUAUGUAUGUCAUGUAAAGAUUUAUUUGAUUAUGUUUAAGAAUGUGAAUUGAACAACAAAACGCUCUAAAAAUAUAAAUUAGAAACUAUUGGAUAUUUAUAAUUAUUAACUUAAGAUUUUUAUAAUCUCAACUAAUUAUUUAGUAAUUAUAACUAAGUCUUAAUUACUUAAUGUUCAAAUAAUUUAGUAUUAGAUAUUAAUUUAAACAAAUGCACAGAAUCUUGUUUAAAUUGUGAUAAAUGCAAAUACAUCCAUGGAGAAUACUAAUGCAUCAAGUGUACUUCUUAAUCAGAUGAAAUUACUGAUUUUUAUUCAUAGAUUUCUGGCAAUUGUUAUCAAUGUCCUUAUCCGUGUAAAUUCUGCCUUCAAUUAGACAGUGAUUUAAUUAAUGUAAAAAUUAGAACCAUAUUAGAAAUAUAAUCCAUACUUUUUACUUAAUUCAACAAGCAUUAAAUAAGCUCAAAAAUGUCUAAUUAACUUUGAUAAUAAUUUAACCUAUAUUGAUCAAAAAAGUGGAUUGAUUAAACCUUUUAAUAAUGAAACAAAAAUGAAAUAAAAGUUUAUAAGUUACAGUGAAAAAUUAUCAACUUCUGAUGGUACCUUUGUAUUGUCAAAAAGUAUAUCAAGUUAUUAUUAUUUUAUUGCAAAUUAAAUCCCCUCAUAAUUAAAUUUGAUGAAUAAUUAUUAUGCAUUAAAAAAUUAUACAUCUACCAUUAUUGUUGACGCUUAUUUUACCGGAUAAGGAUUUGUUGAACUUUUUAAUAUAACUAAUUUUCACAUUUUCAACAGUUUAUAUAAGUACAAAAAUUCUUACAUCAGAGUCACUUCUUUUUAUGGUGUUGAUAUUAUUAUUUAGAAUCUUACUAUUAAAGAUGAAAUUGAAUCCAAUUUUUUACUUAUCUAUAUCUCCUCUGAUAUAAUUAUAAAUGAAUUUUACAUUGAAAAUUUAUUGUUAAACGAUGCCACAAUUAUCAAAAUAAAUAGUUUUUUUAAGAAUUCUUCUAUUAAGAUCACUUAUUUGUAAUUUUAUAAUUGCACUUUUUAAGAUAGUGUAUUUUUUUCAUUUAUAUCUGAUAAAUUUAAUACAAUUUUGAUCAAAUCUGUUAAUAUAUAAAAUUGUACUUUUAAAAAUAGUUUUUUUAUUAAAUAAUAAUUAUUGGAUCACAAUUAACAAUUCUUAAUCGAAGAUUUUUCCUUUGAAGAUUGUUUAUUAGAAAAUAGUUAAUUAUUUUUUAUACCAAGAACUUUUAGUGUUAUUUAAAUGAAUAAAGUAAAAUUUUCAAACAAUUAAUUAUACAAUUCAACAAUAUUAUCAACAUUUUCAUCUGUAAACCUAUAUGAGGUUGAAAUAAUAAAUACAAUAGCAAUAUAAAGUAUAAUUUUUUAUCAUUAAUUUGAAUAAUCCUCUAGUUUUUACUAAAUAAAUAAAUUAAAAUGUACAAACUUAGAUUUAAAUGGAUCAAAUAUUUUGUAAAUAAUUUCUUUGUAGCAAAAUAUUAAAAUAAAUGUAACUAUAAGAGAUUCUUAAUUUGAAAACAUCAAUUAAAUAUACUUUGAUGGAAAAAUAAGUGAAAACUUUUUUUUUUAUAUUCAAGGUGCUAACUUCUAUGCUAAUCAAAUUAUUCUCUAAAAUUAAAUAAUUUUUUAAUUUUUAGGUUUAGAGGACUGCUUUAAUAUUAUCAUUGAAAAAUUAAAUGUUGAAUAAAAUACAGAAAUAAACCAAUCUCUAAAAAAAUAAACUAUCAGUUAAAGUAAAAUUUAUUAGAACGAAUUAAUUUAUAUUUCUAAUUUUGUUAGUUUGGAUUUGAAUUAAAUAAAAAUUUAAGGAAUGACAUAGAUUGUAGAUCCAUUAAUCUAAAUCAGAUCUGAUGAAUCUAAGAAAAAAAUAGUAAAUAUUACAAAUUUAGAAAUCAAGAAUUAUCUUAGUUUAAAUUUGAUAAAGUCAGUUAAUUCUGUGGUUCAUAUUUAAAUUUAUUCAGAGUCUUUUAUUUAAUUAAAAAAUUGUGCAUUUAUAUCAAAUUAAUUUUGGUAUCAAUAGUCGAAUUAAGAUUUAUUUUAAUCUUCUUUAAUAAAAGUAUAAUCUCCUAAAUCAAUAGUAAUAUUAGAUAAUUUAAUGUUUAACGAUUUGAAAAUCUACAAUUCUUCAGAAUCUAUUAUUUUAAUUGAGGCUAAUGUUAUUUAUGCUUCUAAUCUCUAAGUUUAUAAAAUUAAUGCUGAUAAUUAAAAUUAAGUUAAAAGUUUGUGUGGCUUUGGGAUAUUUCAAACAUAAUUUAUAAAUUUAACUAAUUCAAAGUUCAUUGAAGUCAAUAGUAUUUAUUAUGGCUUCAUUUAUAUUCAAUUAAAGUAAGAAGGCAAGUUAACUCUAAGAAAUUGCAUUUUUGAUAAUACUUUUAUUGCUAAUCAUCCUAAUUAUUAAAUUUAAAUUGGUGGUGUUUUGACUAUUGAUGGUUAGCAAUCUAAAUUAAAUUUAGAAAUUAUUAAUCUUUAAGCAAAAAAUAUCUUUUCUUAAUAGAAAUGUGCAUUUUUAAAUCUUAUUCCCUCAUCUUUAACAAAUAAUAUCUUUAUGAAAAAUUUAUCCUUUAUAAACUUAUUUUCAUCAGAAAAUUCCUUUGGUACAUUUGAUUUUUCUUCCAAUAGUAAAAAUAAUAAAAUCGUACUUUAUUAUAUAAACUUCGAUAACACUGAAGAAUAAAUUGUUAAUAAAUUAUCUUAAUACACCAAUUUAUAAAAUUCAAGUAAUUUAGAUGGUAUAAUUUCAUCAAGUUUCAGGUAAAUAAAUAUAUAAUUAUAUUAGUCCUGUGUUGAUCUUUCAUUUUACUUACUCAGGAUAUCUAAAUUAACCGAUCUGUAGAAUUAAUAAUGGGGAUUUAAAAUUAAAGUAAUUUGUUUUAACUUCCAUAAAUAUAAUAUGUGAACUUUCUCAUAUAUUUAGCUUUGAAGCUAGGUUAAUGAAAAAUAUAUUUAUUGAAGAUUUUGUGCUUUAUAAAAUUGAAUCUCAAUUUUAUUUAAACAAUUUCUUUAAAUUAAAUUAAACAAAAUAAUCCUAAUAUUUAAGGUUUAGAAAUUUAAAAUUUCAAAAUAUAAUGUGUCCAUUUUGCUAAAAUGGAUUGACAAUUUUUUCAAGUGACUCAGAUUUUUAAAAUAUUUUAUUUUCUAAUAUCAAUUUUUUGAAUAAUAAUUGUGGAAAUAAUAGUUGCUUUAUUGUAAAAUGCAAAUAAAUCAAAUUUUAAAAAUCAAAAUUUAUUGAUAAUGUAGCAUAAUCAAAUGGAAUUUUAUAAUUUUAAACUAGUUCAAUAAAUUUGAGUUAAAUAAUUUUGAAAAACAAUAUAAUUUUAAAUAUUGCUGGUUCUAUUUAUUUAUAAAAUUCUUCUAUCAUAGCUAGUGAUAUAAUAAUAGUUAAUAAUAGCGCAAAAAUUGGUGGUGCAAUAAUUAGUGAAUAAAAUAAAUUAAAGAAGGAGACUAUAAAGUAAUUGAUGUUGUAUGAGAAUAAAGCAACUAAUGGAUUGAACAAUAUAAAAGAGGAAGCUGAUUUUUUGAAAUUAAAAAUGUAUGGAAUUGUUCUUAAGACAAAAAGAGAAAAGAUUGGAUCAUUAAUUAUAGAUCGUCCAGCUUAUAUUGUUAAUUAUAAAUAAGAAAGACUUAAUGAAACAUAUAUAAAAGUUGCUAGUGGUUAAAUGCUUAAAGAUUUUAAAAUAUUUGAUAUUCCAAAAAUGCAAUAAGUGAAAAAUAAUAUCUCUUUGAGUAUAGAAUUAUAUACUUAACUUGGUGAAAAAGUAGUAAAUAAUUUGGAUAAGAAAUGUUAUUUUGAAUAAUUAUAUGUUGAUGAAGGGAAAGGUUAUUAAUUAUAAGAGAUAUUAAUGAAUUCUUAAUAAGAGAAUGUUACAAUUUCAUCUUUUAAUAUUGAGACUUAAUCUUAUAGUUUAGAUAGUAUGGUAUUUAAUUUAGAUCCUAAUGCUAAUUAGUAAGUAUAUUUAUUAGUAAAAUCAUAUUGCGAAGGUAUGAAUGAAGAUCAAAAAUUUCUAUUUAAUGUUAAAACGUUAAAAUGUUAGAUUGGAGAAUAUUAUAAUAAUAACCAAUAAUGUUUACAAUGUGAUUUUGAAAAAGGAUAUUAUUCAGUUGAAAAGGAUUCUAUUGAAUGUUAAAGAUUGGAUCCUAAGAAGAUUAAAGCAGUAACAUCUUAAUCAAUUGAAUUAUUACCAGGAUUUUGGAGAUAUUCAUAUUAUUAACAUUAUAUAGAGGAAUGUGAAAAUAAAGAAUUAUGUUUAGGGGGUUGGGAAGUCAAUUAUAAAUCUUGUAAAACUGGUUCAAUUGGUGCAAUAUGUAAAGAAUGUGAUCUUUAUAAUAUACGAGGAGAAUCUUAAUAUUUAAAAUCCAUUUAAGGAGUUUGUGAAAAAAAAGUACUGGAACCUAAAAUAGUCAUAAUUACAGUGAUCCUAAUGAUUUUGUAAUGAAUUUUUAAUUAUUUAAAUUAGAACUUUUGGAGUUGCUUACAAAAUUUCAGCUAGUAAAUACUAAAUGAAUCUUUUUUAUAGAAGUUUAAAAUUAAAGACAAUACAUUUCAAAAUAUUAUUUCGAUGUCAAAUUGGUAAUUAAUUUAAUUUUUUAUAUUUAGAUCAAUCAACCACAUUGAUAAAAUUACUAAUACAUAUAAUGUAAAUAUUAUAUCAUUUGUUUCCACAUUUAAGUAUUUAAUCUAAUUUUUAAGAAAUAAUUUGGUCAAUAGGGAAAUCAUCUAAGACUUUAUUAUUUUUAGUUAAUUUUGUUGCUGAUUAUUUAAAGAUAUCUAUUAUUUACUUAUAAGUAAUUUGGGCAGUAUUAAUUCCAAUUUUAUAAAUAAUAUUAAUUGGUUUUUGUUAUUAAUUGUUCUAAAUAUUUUUAGUAAAUGGAAAUAGGAAUUUCAGUUAUGCUUUAAUAUCAUGUUUAUUUAUAAUAUUUUAUUCAAUUCCGAAUGUGAUAGAAGAGUAAAAGAUAUUUAAAUGAUUUAGGUUAUCUUCAUUGACUUCUAUAAGAAGUGUAGUAAAUAUAGAUUGGAUAGAAGCUAAUUUAGCAUAUGUUUAUAAUACAAAAGAACAUUAUUCUUGGAUUCUAUAUUUUAUAAUGCCAAUUAUGUUAACAACAUUUAUUACAAUUCCAUUGACUGCAUUUAUAUUGAUAAGAAAGAGACAUAAAUAGAUUCACAAAGUUGAUCCAACUAUUGGAAUUUAUGGAUUUUUAUGCAAUGAUUAUAAAGAAUAGUUUUAUUAUUGGGAGUUAGUAAAUUUAUAGAUGAGAUAAUUAACAAUAUUAAUUCAUUAGCAUAUUAAUAAUCUAAGAAUAAUAUUUAAGAAUUUGAUAGUUCUUUUGAUUUUAUUUAUAUACUUUGUAGCAAUAUCUUAAAAGAAACCCUAUGAGAAAUAAUAUAUAAAUAAGAUAGAAAGAAUUGGUUUAUUUACAUGUUCAAUAGUAGUGUGUUUUAUUUGUUUAUCUUAGGAGACAAAAGAUGAAGGUUUAAAAGAAGUUUAAUUGAUAUCAGAAUAUGUAAUAAUAAUAAUUGUAAUAUUCUUGUUGACUUACAUAAUUUAUUAUAUUUUGUUAGUUUUAAUGAGAAACUAUGAUGAAUCUUUUGAUAGAUUAAGAAAAAUUAUAUUAAUAAGAUUUCCAUAGAUUGAUAAUUAAUUUCCAUGUAUGAAAAAGUAUUUGAGAUCCAGACUGGAAGCUAAAAGGAAUGUAGAGAAAAAGUUUGUUUUAAUAAAGUAAUGUUUAAAGACACAUAAAUAAAAUAAUUCAAGAAUUCUUAGAUAGACAAUAAAUUUGGCAAAUGAGGAAAUGAUAUCUUAGAUACAAAGAUCAGAUCAUAGAUAAUUAAUAAUAUCAUCUCACUUAUCUUACAUAUAUUGA